AUGACGUUUUGGAGAUUUACCAGAGGGGAAGAUGACAGUACUACAGUUGAGCUUCCUAUAAGGUUUGUUCCCAAAUAUCCUGGUCGCUACCCUUGCCAGAUUCUGCUGCAGUCCUCCUAUGAUAUCCGGGUCUACAUGAUUGAAUGUGUGGUGAAUGCAGAUAGUGCAGAGGCUGAACUAGAAUUCAUAACAUCAGCCUAUCAGACGAUUAUUCAGGACAUCCCAAUUAGUAACUUGUCCAGCCAAGACUGGAAACUUAAAGCAAUCCUAGAGGGACAUUUUUUUCAUGGCCCCCCUCUCAUAUAUGUGGGUCCAGGUGAAACAACACAGUAUCCUCUCAUGUUCAAGCCUAUCUUGGAGUGUGUAACUACGGGUAAGCUCAUUCUACAAAAUGAAACAGAUGGCACUGAACAUAUCUUCAGCCUUAAAGGAAUAGGGAAGAAACCUCUUGCAUUGGAUCAUAUCGUGAUAGACUGCCAAGUGAGACAAAAUACUCAAAAGGUCUUAAUGGUGCCCAAUUUUACCAAGAAAAAGCUGACAUACAAGGUGUCUUCAGAUCUUCCAGUGAUUGGUGGCACCCCAACCCUCACUGUAGAACCUGAUGACACAGCUGCUUACACUCUGAAUGUAUUUCCAUGGAAACGAGGGAUACUUCAAGGUGUAAUUUCAUUUGCUGCUGAAGUUGAAGAACAACAGCAGUCUCAACAUAACUCACCGGAGAAGACAGAUGGUGAACAGGGCCUUCAGAAAUUGUCGACAGAGACAUUGCAAACUGUUGAUGCAGCAAACACUGGAGGAAAGACUUCAUGUUGCCAAGUGUGGUUUUCUUUGGAGAUUAAUAGUAUGCCUUCAGCACCUGAAAGAAUCCUAGAAGUGAAAUGUACAGCUUUGAACACUGCUAAAAUUGAAAUUCCUAUCACUAAUCCUACGGCUGAAAGUCUCCAGUUAAACGUGGUGUUAACGGAUGCUGCACUUACUGGAGAAACAACUCUUGUUCUUAAGCCAAAAGAAACUCUUCUCUAUGAAAUGAAGUAUUCACCAGCUGCAAUUGGCACUUCAGAUGGAAGUGUCAUAUUCCUGUCAGAAGCAGUUGGGGAGUUUUGGUACAUGCUGAAACUGAUUGUUGAAGAACCAUUGUCAACUACCUUACCUGAAAUAGCAUGUGAGCUUGGAAAAUGGGUCCGUCUGUAUAUUCCUCUUCCUAAUCCUACAUAUGAAACCCUAAAACUGCAAAUUUUGAACAGCAACCCUGGAAAUUUUUCAAUUGAAGCAGACCCAAGCAAGCCUUUGAUUGUGGCUCCCCAAUCUACCACUGAAGUACCUGUUCAGUUCUGUCCUUCUGCUCUUGGAAGAGCCAAUCACCAGGCUUCAGUAACCUUCAUGUGUCCACAGCUUAAUACAUGGGUAUUUCACCUGUUGGGGGUUGGCCUCAUUCCCCAGCCAAUGGAACCAGCUAGCAUAAGUACUUGUGUUGGUCGUCAUUCUUCCAUCAUCAUACCCUUCAAAAACCCUACUAGUGAAGAUAUAUUGGUAGAUGUGCUUUUAACAGAUCAUGAACAACGCCUACAUUGUGUCAGUGCAUCUGUCCUAUGCAAAUCCUUCAGUAAGGAAUCUGCUUUCCACCUUCCACUCAAGCAGACACAAGGAAUCCUAUUAUCACCAAAAGGCACAUUGGACAUCCCAGUUUUAUUUAUGCCUGAUACAAUGAAACUGUAUGAAGCUGUGCUAGUUGUCCAUGUGGUUAAGGAAAAUGGUGAAAACUGGCUUUGUGAGGAUCUUGUAGAGUUAAAUAAAGAACUGAAAAGUGUCACUUUGUCAGAGAAUGGGGAAAUCUAUGGAAUACGCUGGAUCUACCCAAUUAAUGGAAUCCCAGAAGCACCACCUCAGAAGUUAGUUCCAGCUGUUGUACGCUGUCAAGCCAGACAGAGAGUAGAAGAGAGAGUAGAGGUUCUAUUAACUGGUGUAGUUCCUGGAACAACCUCUAUGCCAACAGCAAGAAAUGCUUCCACCACAACGAAUAAGUCAUCUAGCAUCCAGGAUGAAGUUCAAGUCACUGCCGGGUUUUCUACAACAGAUGAAUUUUUAUAUGAAAUUCAAUAUAAAUCCAAUAAAGUUAAAUCUCAGCUUGAGUCUUCAGUGGCUAUAAAUCUAGUGCAAAAGGAUCGGGAUGCAGAAUCUGGAAUUAUAACACUGAUCUUCAAUAUAAUAUUUGCACCUAACAAACCAAUGAGGAAUUCAGCGACUCUGAUGGUACAAUGUACUACAGGAGGUAUCUGGAAGUUUCCAAUACUGUUAAUUGCCACUGAGCCAGACGUGGAUGAUGUCAUCAAUAUUGAAGCAGCUGGCUUAAACAAGGAAUCACUAGUUGGCUUUAGGCUUACAAGUCAGACAAGAUACCCAGAACCAUUUAUGGCAUACUUCCUACCAGGCAGCGACCCAGAAUUUGUUGUAUUGCCUCAAGAUGGAGAACUUCUUCCACUUGACACUGUUGGAACCCAUAUAACUGUAGGAUUCAAACCAAGUAUGUACAGCAAGAAGCACAAAGCAAUAUUAGUGAUUCAGACCUCGUCAAUGCAAUGGACAUAUGAGAUCAAUGGUCUUCCUCCACAGACCAAACCACCUACUACAUCAGCAAAAGUAAUUUCUACUGGUGGUUACAUACGAUCAGCCACGGUUCGACAGCGCAACUUUUUACGUGAAAAUCUGAAGCUAACAACCACCGGUGUUUCUUCUCCCAUCAAAGGUGCACCUCUGAUCUUGAAGACAAAAUAGAAAUAGAGUAGUGUCAAUUUGUGUUCUCUAAAAAGUGAACCUUUAAAAUAAAUAAAUAAAUAAAUAAUGUAAACAAGUUAUUUUCUUAUUUUCAUAAAUUUUAAAAACAACAAAUAUGGCAUUGAUUGUGUCAGCAAGAAACUAAGUAUAUUUAUUUCUCUCUGAAAGAGUGACAUACCUGGUGAGAAAUGGCCUUAACUCUCAGGAAUUCUUCAAUUUUUUUCUGGUAACAAAUUUGUAGUAAAAAUGAAAAAAGGGGUUUUGGUGAAAAUACUAUUUCUGGUUGCUGGACCUUUAAAAACUUCAUUUCUCAACCUGAUAUAUGAUUUGAACAUUUUUAGGCUUUACAUAUAUUAGACUAAGUUUGAAGGGUUUCUCUAUUAUAAGAUACCUUAAGUUUGUGUUUCCAUGAAAUGUUAAAAUAGGUACAAUUGAUAUAUUGUACCUAUAUACGUAGGUACGAUAUAUCUAUAUCAAUUGAUCAAUUGAUUGAGAUAUAUACACAUGCCGUGCUUUAGUAUUUCCAAAAGGAAGUAUUAAAGCACAGCACCAUAGCAACGUCACCAUAUGGUGAC